AUGGCGUUCCAUGGGACACCUGUGGAGGUUCGGAAGAAUCAGAAAUCCACCACGUGGUACAGUGGUGAACUGAUCGACAUAAACGGUGAGGAUCGCAUCAAGGUCCGUUUCGAGGAGGACAUCUGGCCGAUCCGGGACGUCCCCGCCUCUUCCGUCCGUCGACUACCCGAGGACUCCGGGAACGAGGACUUCAACCCUCAAGUGGACGAGGCCGUGGAAGUCCUUCUGUCGGCGACAGAGUCGAACCCCAGCGGCUGGGCCUUAGGCAAGGUGAAGACCAUCAAGAAUUCCUUUUACUUCAUCACCUUCGAUCCAACACAGAAGGGCAAGCAGGACUUAAUCGUCGAGCGCAAAGCCCUGCGGCGAACGAGCUCGGAGCAGCAGCUGGACGUCUCCUCGAUGAUCCGAAAGCUGCUGCCCGUGGAUCCGGACCUUCACGGCUGGAUUCGGUCUCAGGACUCUUCCGGGUGCUUAAACCACGUGCAGAACAAGUGCAGCUUGCUGGUGGCAAACUGCACCAACGUGGAGCUUGGGAGCCACAAAGAUCCGGAGGUGCUCCUCAUCGGAGGAGAGAGGGAAAUCCGCCUUGGGGUGCUGUUGCUAGAGCAGAUCCACUUCAAGUACCAGAUUCAGAUGCAGAGGUUUCACGAACACCGUGAGCAGCUGAUGGAGCGGCUGGCAAUGGCCAAGCAGUGGCACUCCGCACAGCAUCAGGAGGUCUUCCACGUCGACCAAGCUUUGGUUGGCCGCAUCAUCGGCAAAAAGGGCGACAACGUUCGCGACAUCCGCGAAAGACACGGUGUUGAGGUUUGGAUUGAGGAUCCUCGCAGAGACGGCACUGCCUGCAGGGUGACCGUGUGUGGGCAGACACCAGAGACCGUGAAAGCGGCACGUGAUGAACUGGAGUUCAUCACCGUGUCAAUUCCGGUGGACAGCGAGCAUGUUGGAUGGAUCUUGGGCAAGGGCUACCAGACCAUCACGGACAUCGCCUCCAAGACAAAGCUCCACCACGCUAGAUACGAUGACAAGUCCAAGACAUUGGAGCUCUGCGGCUUGCGCAGCCAGGUCGAGGACGCCAAGCUCAUGAUCUCCGUUCAUCGCGAGUAUCUCCCAGUGUACAAAGACAUGGACGAGGAGCAACACGCCAUCCAGCAGUCCUUCGACCAGCUUGACGGUGUGGCGAACACCAAGGGCAAGGGAAAGAAAGGGGAGAAAGGAAAAGAGUCCAAGGGCGAAGGGAAGGGCGAAGAUGACGAGGGAUGGAAGACGAGGAAGGGGGAUGAGCCGUCUGGUAAAGGCUGGAAAGGGAAAGAUGGUAAGGAAGGAAAGGAUGGCAAGGGAAAGGAAGGGAAGGAGGGUAAGGAAGGAAAGAGCAAGGCCGGCAAAGAAGGCUCAUAUGGCAAAGAUGGUGGCAAAGCAUCCAAAGGUGGAGACGAUGGCUAUGACAGAAGCGGCGGAAAAGGUGGCGGAAAAGAGAAUGGAAAGGAGAACGGCAAGGAGAAUGGAAAGGAAGGUUCGAAAGGUAGCGGCAAGGACAAAGGUAAGGCCGGGUCCGAAGGCAAGGACAGGGAAAGAGAUGGGAAGGAAGUCAAAGGCAAGGACUCAAAAGAAGGCAAAGGAGGCAAGGAGGGUAACGAUGCCAAAGGAAAAGAGCCAAGAGAAGGAAAGUCUGCCAAGGGCAAGGAUGAGGGAAAGGAGAGAGGCGAGAAGGGCGAAGGUAAGAGUAAAGGCAAGUAUGGUCAUGAUGAAGAUGGCAAAGGUGAUGGUAGAGAAGCCAAAGGAGAAGGCAAAGGAGGCAAGAAAGGAAAAGGAAAGGCCAGCAAAGGCGAAUCAUGA